GUGUUAAUAUGAUAUAAGGAGGGCCUUAGCAGUACACUUUGUCUUACACCUUUUCCGUCACUAAGGCUGGCAAUGGCAUCUGCUGCAUCUGUAUCAGUCACUUUCUGUCAAGAGUCAUUAGCUGUAUAAGAUUCGACAGCACACUUUAAUCAACUUUAGGAACCGCCCCACCCAUGUUUAGAUGGGUCUUUUCCCCAUAGCCAAAGAAACCAGAUACCCAUAUCAUAAUAGGGUAGCAUAACUGUUAGACUAAUGAAUAUUAUAUAUAUAUUCCCUAACCCAUUUUGUUCCUUCCCCCUCCAUUUUUCCUCCAAUCCUUUCUUUAAGAGGCUUGGAUCUGAUCAUAUCUGUAAAUAACUGAAGUUGUCGAUAUUGUUGAGAUCUACAAGGGUUUUGAUUGAUCUUCUGUUUCAGAAUAGAUUGCUUUGUCAUUGUUGCAGUAAUUAAAGGCAGAAGAAAAUGGAGGAUAGACUGAUUACCUGGAGCAGAGUUUUGUCCUGGCUAGUAGCCCAUUGUGGAGAUUGUGUUGGUCAAUAGUGAAGAGACCAAUUACAAGGUGCAGAGUUCAAUCCUUGUUAGCAGCCAAUUUUUGAAGAUGGUAACCAUGAAUACCUUCAAUAUAGAGACUUGGGUAAGUAGUUGUAAUACCCUUCUGCCUCAAUCUAAGUUACUUAUGUUAUUCUUGUGAUCAGGUGUUGAUCAGAUCACUUAGGCCUCUAUCAAGGAAGGAUUUCUCUGCAGCCCAGUUUUGAAGUCUGAGAUACCAAUUAGGCUUGCUUUUGAAUGUGCUGAGCCUUACCAACUCAACUGAACAUCAAAAUCUCAUUUGGGUCCUUCCCAUAAAUAAACAAUCUUGAAGAGUUCUAUGGAAUAAUAUUGGCUUCAAUCCUUGAUACUGUUCUUCAUCAGCUCUUCUAUGCUGGUGUGUAUGCUGCACUGAAGCCUUCUAAAUCAAUCUCAGAGUUCUCAAGUUACCAUUUUGGAAGAGGCUUCUAGCAGAGCCACCCAAGUUUACCUCUGUGCUUGAUCAUUAAAAGCUCUCCACUUUUGGUGCCAUUGCAGGAGAGGACAUAGCACAUACACCAAACUGUUAGGUUAACAUUCCUGCAACAUUUGUGUCCAUCUGCAGGAAGAGUCCUAAUCAGUAAGAGUGAGCAUCAGAGCCCUGAAGAUUAUAAAUUUUACAUUGGGUGCUUAUCAGUUACUCUUGUGCUCUUUUCAGUUAUUAUUUGACCAUUAGGUGAACCAUCCUUAGCAAGAGGCCAGGUCCUGACCAACAGAAGAGUACUCAAACUAUCAUCACAUUUUGGUGCUUUAGAAGAUGGCUACUGUGCAACCUUACUUUCAGCAACCUCCACCUACUAAUAUAUAUCAGCAGCAAGCAGUUUCCCAUGGAAGUCAUCCAAGUGGGUCAGUUGGAAUGGUGAUUGUUGUUCUAGCAGUCAUAACAAUUCUGGGAGUGCUUGCAGGGAUGGUGGGUAGACUCUGUGCAGGGAGAAGAAUAGGUGACAGUGAAUAUGAUUUUGAAGGGUGGGUUGAAAAGAAAUGCUCUACUUGUAUUGAUGGUCACAUUGAUGGUAGUGGAGGAGGUGGUCAUGUUCAUGUUCCCAUUGCUAUGCCUGCUGAAAAUGGUGAACCCAAGCCUACUGAGGCAAAUCCAACUCCAGCUGCCAGUUAAGAUUUAUAAGAUGUUCUGAAACUUUACUAGUGUCAAUAUUCAGCACCAUUGCUUGGGUUCUUCAUGUGCACAUUUGGUAAGGCUGGGUUUUUUGUGAGGGCAGAUUCAGCUUUCAAAAGUUGGAGAUUUUGUUAUUCAUUGUUCUUCAGUCUCAAACUGUUCUGUCCUGGAGUAUCUUGGGAAAAAUAAUGACGGUAUGUUCCAUUAUUUCCGCACAGUUGAAAUUGCUUCAAGAAUAUGUUGUAAGCAGUAUUUAAUUUUCAGAUGUUCUCCACUGAAUAGCUUUUGUACAAUUUUGCAGUCUUCUUUCGGUGCUUUUCUUUAAUAUAAUAAAUCAAUUUUUACUUUUCAA